CUCUCUCUCUCUCUCUCUCUCUCGAUGGCGUUUUCUUCGUGGUUCUCCCGCUUCUCUUCUUCCAAACACCUCUAUUCCAUUUUCCGCUCUCGAAACCACAAGAUUCCUGAGCUUCUUAAAUCCAGACCAAGAAAACCGCUCCCGCCAUGGCCCACCUCCAUCAUACCGCUCACUGCCGCCGCUGCUACUGCCGGGACCCUUGCCUUACAUAUUCAAACGAAUACGUCCAUGUGUGACUCCUCCCUUGAUUACAGUAUUGCUGGAAAAGCGAGCACUGAAGUUUUGGUUCAAGGCGCUCAUAAGGAGGUUCCAGAAGAACUUAUCAACGAAUUGAAGUCAAUUUAUAAAGGAGACAUGACACUGGAUUACGAGGAGAGAUACUUUCAUGGGAAACCACAAAACAGCUUUCACAAAGCUGUCAAUAUCCCUGAUGUGGUUGUUUUCCCGAGGUCACAAGAGGAAGUAUCUAAGAUAGUCAGAUCUUGUAACAAGUAUAAGGUCCCCAUUAUACCAUAUGGUGGAGCUACGUCAAUUGAGGGACAUACCUUGUCUCCUCACGGAGGUGUAUGCAUUGACAUGUCGUCAAUGAAAAAUGUGAAAUCAUUGCACGUUGAGGACAUGGAUGUGGUUGUUGAGCCAGGGAUUGGGUGGGUGGAGCUUAAUGAAUAUCUGAAGCCCUAUGGUCUUUUCUUUCCACUUGACCCAGGGCCUGGUGCGACUAUUGGUGGCAUGUGUGCUACUCGUUGCUCUGGAUCUCUGGCUGUAAGGUAUGGAACUAUGCGGGAUAACGUCAUCAACCUGAAGGCUGUUCUGGCAAAUGGCGAUGUUAUCAAGACAGGUUCUCGUGCUCGGAAGAGCGCUGCAGGAUAUGAUUUGACCCGAUUGAUGAUUGGAAGUGAAGGCACCUUGGGUGUAAUAACAGAAGUGACUCUGCGGCUUCAGAAACUUCCUCAAUACUCUGUGGUUGCGAUGUGCAAUUUUCCAACAAUCAAGGAUGCAGCUGAUGUUGCUAUCGCCACGAUGCUCUCUGGAAUACAGGUAUCCAGGGUAGAACUCUUGGAUGAGGUUCAAGUAAAGGCUAUCAAUAUUGCUAAUGGAAAGAAUUUGCCCGAAGUUCCAACCUUGAUGUUUGAAUUCAUUGGCACAGAGGCAUAUUCACGUGAACAGACAUUGCUGGUUCAGAAGAUUGUUUGUGAGCAUAAUGGCUCUGACUUUGUUUUUGUGGAAGAUGCUGAGGCUAAAAAGGAACUGUGGAAGAUUAGGAAGGAGGCACUUUGGGCUUGUUUUGCUAUGGAACCUAAUUCUGAAGCGAUGAUUUCAGACGUGUGUGUUCCUCUGUCACAGCUUGCAGACUGUAUAUCAAGAUCCAAGAAAGAGCUUGAUGCAUCUCCAUUGGUGUGUACAGUUAUUGCUCAUGCUGGUGAUGGGAACUUUCACACAGUGAUUUUAUUUGAUCCAAACCAAGAACAACAGCGUCGAGAAGCAGCACGACUUAACCAUUUCAUGGUCCAUACUGCAUUGUCAAUGGAAGGAACAUGUACAGGAGAACAUGGUGUUGGUACUGGAAAAAUGAAGUACCUUGAAGAAGAGCUUGGGAUGGAAGCGCUGAGGACAAUGAAGAAAAUAAAGGCUGCUUUGGACCCCAACAACAUCAUGAACCCAGGGAAGCUUAUUCCUCCUCAUGUCUGUCUUUGAACUAACUAAACCAAAGCCCCCUUGAACUUGUAUUAGUUCUCCUUUCCUCACUGAAAUCGUGGAUUGCUUAUAAUUAUAAGAAUCACUUUUGUUAGGCAAUAGAAACCAUCCCAUCCAUGGCUUGGAAAAAGGAUGGCUAAAAAAAGGCCAAAUUAUUGAUUAAUUAAAUCAUCCUGUUAGUGUGAUUUUUUUUUUUCAUGGUAGCCCAUGAAAUAUCUUCUGAACUUGAUAGACAGUUCAGAUCAAUCGAUUGGACUGCCCAAGUGUCUGAAUGCCUCUAAUAGCACUAGGGCACUUAUCAUUUGAAUUUCAUGCAAUUUUGUUUCA